UUAACACAGACAAACUGAACACAGACCCAGCGUGGUAAACUCACCUUUUGUUUUAGAGCUCAUCUUUCAUCACUUGUGAAUUCGAGAACAGCUUUCAAGAUGCAUGUAUUUGUCUUUCUGAUACUGUGUGCUGCCCAGUGCUAUGUUCGCUCUGAAAGCCACACAGAAAAUAUAGAAACUCUGAUGGAUAAUGUUGUAGUUCUGAAGGUGCAUUAUGGUGUGCCGAGCCGGGUGUACGUCCCUCUGACCUGUGGAGAAGAUAAUCAAAUCCAGCCUGUGUUUUGGAAAAGAAAUGGUGAAGAGCUCAGUCCACGUUUGGAGGGAAACCAGGUUUCAGUUCUGGUAGAGGAAAUGAAUGGAGGAAACUACAGCUGUCACCUCAGCUCAAAUGGACAGUAUGUCAACCACACUGUGAUCAUGGUUCAACUAGAAGAAAACAGGACUGUCAUCCUGGAAGAAAAAUCCACUGAAGACGGUUACAUCCACUGUUCAGCACUGAACUACAGUGGCCCCUUUCACUGCAGCUGGACAAGGAGAAGAACCCGCGCCAACGCUGCCGUGCUCCUCAUAAAAGCACAUCGUAAUUCUGUAGUAAUACCCUGUGAGCUGAAUGCUGAUGGAUCAGGAGUUCAGUGCCAGAACAAUAACUGUCCAACUGAAGAGGAACAACAUCGCAUCUCCCUCACAGUUUACCUAUACAGCCACUCCCGGCUGGAGAAAUACGAAAAGACUUUUUACCUGAGAGAAAUUGUGAGGCCAGGAAGGCUCCCCAACCUACAUCUUACUGAAGGGAGGGCAUUCAGCUGGAGCUACCCUGAGACCUGGCAGGAGCCCUGCAGCUUCUUUGGCCUGCAGUUCCAGGUCAAGGUGGUUCACCAUGGUCAACCCUGUAACUCUGAGGAGCACAUAGUGCAAAAUAUCAUACAAGAAAAUACAUAUGAGGUCGGUGUCAAAACCAAGAAGUAUGUUUUCUGUGUGAGGGCUCAGGACAAGCACACCGGAGGUCCAUGGGGCCACUGGAACCAUUGCACUGUGAAUAAAGGAAUCGUCUCCUGCUAGCUUCACUGACUAGACAACAGCCAUAAAAAAAUGAAGACUGACAAAACCCCACAAUUUUAAAAUUUUUGUUUGGUUUUU